AUGCGGUACCAUCUCCUGGGCUCCCCGGACACGCUCCGCGAUGAGAAGGAAAUCGAGGGCGCAGAGAAACGACCGCGGAUGAGCCGGUAUCUCGUCCUUUUGCUCUCCGUCACCACGGGAGUGAUUGGGCUGAUAGUUGGAUUUAUGGUCGGCCACCGCGUGGAUCGUGGCUGGUGCACAAACCUACCUGGUCCGAGUCGUGGUGUUGAGAAGGUGGUCUGGGAGAGGAAUCUCACAUUCACGGGAAAGCCGAGGCAAGAGUGGCAAGAUGCAUGGCUGGAGUUGCUUCCUGACGAUCUUGGCUUUAUCUUGCAUCCAGAAUGGACUCAUGGAGAAGAAAGAAGCGUGACCGUGUUCCAUCAACUACACUGUCUGGUCGGUCCCUCAAUCCCCUCACACCGAAUAAUGACCAUUAACCAUGAACAGCGCGCACUCCAAGUCGCCUACCACAAGGCCAUCGACGGCGGCCUCACUUUCCAACCCAACAUGCAUAUCAACAUUUCCCCCGUCCACACAGAGCAUUGCUUCGAUUACCUGAGGCAAGGCCUUAUGUGCAGCGCCGACACGAAUCUCGAGGUCAACGACUUUUGGGCACGGACGAUAGGGACUACUACUGGACGGACAGAGCGGCAGUGCCGGGAUUUUCGUGCUGUUGUGGAGUGGGCGCAAAAAUGGAAAAGCGUGGAUGGGAAGCAUCCUGAUGACUAG